AUGUAUCCAUAUUCACCAAUAUCACUUAUUGAUUUACCAUCAACAACAUGUUAUUCAUCAAGUAUUGCCUAUUUGAGUGUUAGCGUGCGCAAUUUUAAUGAUUGUCUUUGUUUACUUGAUGGACGUCUUAGUCAAUUACAUACAUUUAUUGUCAAAGUUUAUCGUAUUCACAAUACGUCAAUGAUUAUCAAUAAUACGAAAACUCUAUCGAAUUUAAAAUGUUUCUCGUUGAUUUCAUUUCGUUAUACAAUUGAAUAUGAUAAUCAUAUUUUACCAUACCUUCGUCAAAUGUCACAAUUAGAAAAACUUACAUUAUCUCUUAUUGUUCGUCAUCGAACUUCAUUCAUUGAUGGCGCUCAUCUAUUUAAUGAUAUUCUUAGUAAAAUGUUAUAUCUACAUACGUUUAUCUGCAACAUCAUCACUGGAAAUGUUGUAAUGGAUGCAGAAUUUUUACCAACACCUGAUGAUGUUAGACAUCCACUCAUCGAAAAAGGAUAUAAUGUUAAUGGUUAUACUGACUAUACUAAUUUAAGCAAUGGCCUAUGCCACAUUUAUUCGGUUCCGUUCACUAUGGACCGCAUGCAUAUACAUUCUAAUAAAUUUGCUGGUGGUUUAUUCAUCACUGUUCGUUACCUAUAUCUGCAAGAUUACGUUCAUUCAUUUGAACAUAAUUUCUUUGCUGAAAUCUCUCGAGCUUUUCCAUUACUACGUACAUUGAUGAUAUUUAAUCUAAGUGGACAAGAGAAAUUAAGAUAUCAACCAAAUGAACAAGAAGAAACAUCUUCAAUUAUUGAAUUUUCUCAUCUUAUCACCCUCGGUCUCACUAUGUGUUAUAUCGACUAUGCGAAACAAUUUCUUUUCGAUUUCAACACACGUCUACCUUAUCUUAAGAAGUUAUAUAUUAAAUAUGAAGACUUGAUGAUCGUAACAGAAAUUUUCACCAACAAUGCUGCUCGUGCUAACUGCUCAAAAUUGGAACGUAUUAUCUUUGAUUUAGAACCAAUGAGCUAUCCAGAAAACUUUCAUCUUUAUUUUCCUUUGUUGUAA